CUCCUCGAGUCAUUCUUCACGCCCGCAAUAUUUGACCCCAAACUCCAACUCGGCCUCGGAGGCAAUCCAUCGAACAGUAUCGUUUCCAUCGGCCCCGCUGUGGACCAAAUCGGGAAGGCAACGACAGCAUGGCGGAAGCUGUUCUCGUCGUCCUCGUCUCGUUCCUCUCGCUCGCCCUCCUCUCCUUCUCCCAAGAUCCUGACCUUAAAUCUGGUUCCGCUUACGACGAGCUCAGGACCAGCGGGUUCCCCGUCGGCCUCCUCCCCACCAACGUCCUCACCUACUCCCUCAACCGCACCUCCGGCGCCUUCGCCGUCGACCUCGACGACCGUUGCCGCGUCACCCUCCCCCCGGACAACUACCUCGCCACCUAUUCCCGCCGGAUCACCGGCAAGCUGGCGGACCGCCGAAUAUCCGACCUCGAUGGCAUCAGGGUCAAGGCCUUCUUCCGUUGGUGGUCCAUUACUGGGAUACGCUCCACCGGCGACGAUCUGGUGUUCGAGGUUGGCGUCGUCUCCGCCAAGUACCCCUCCCGUAACUUCGACGAGAGCCCUGACUGCGAGGGCCGCAGCCCUAGAAAGGCCGCCUCUUGAGGAAUGGGCUUGGCGCGAAAUCUUUUGUAAGUUGAUAUUGUAAGGAUUAUAUUAGCUAUUCAGAUCAAUGUUCUUUACCACCACCAACCUUUUCAAGCUAUUCUUCUUACAUCUACGAUAAUAGUUUGCUUUUAGUUUUGAUGUUUAUGCAUGG